AAAAAUAAUCUUGUUAAAAAUUCUUGUCUGUGAUCUCUCUCACGAGAGACUAUAAAUAAUGGAACACGAGGAGCACGUUAAGCAUUUAAAAUUACUAUGGCAUUCAAAGCUAUUCUCUUUCUGGGUUCACUUCUCGCCGCCGUGAUUGCUUCUCCGAUCACCGUCAAUGGUGGAUCAGUGUGCCCUCAGAGUUCCCCGUUUGGUCGAGGUAGCUUUCCCGAUGGUUUCUUGUUCGGUGCUGCCACUUCUGCUUUCCAGCAUGAAGGUGCACCAGAAGAAGGAGGUCGAGGUUCAAGUAUUUGGGACUCGUUUACUCUUAAACAUUCAGACAGGAGCAAUAACCUUGAUGGCAGGCUGGGAGUUGAUUUCUAUCAUCAUUAUAAGGAAGAUGUUCAACUAUUGAAAAAGCUGAACAUGGAUGCCUUUAGGUUCUCUAUUUCUUGGUCAAGGAUUUUUCCCCAUGGGAAAAAGGACAAGGGAGUGAAUGAAGCUGGAGUUAAAUUCUACAAUAAUCUUAUCAACGAGCUCAUUGCAAAUGGUGUAAAGCCUAUGGUUACAUUGUUUCAAUGGGAUGUACCUCAGGCUCUCGAAGAUGAAUAUGGUGGUUUCUUGAGCGACCAUAUUUUGGAGGACUUCCGGGAAUUUGCGAAGUUUGCCUUCAACGAAUAUGGUGACAGAGUGAAGCAUUGGGUUACUAUAAACGAGCCUUAUGAAUUUAGUCGUGGUGGAUAUGAGACUGGAGAGAAAGCACCAGGAAGAUGUUCUAAAUAUGUCAAUGAGAAGUGUGUUGCUGGCAAGUCUGGACAUGAAGUUUACACCGUUAGUCACAAUCUUCUGUUGGCUCAUGCCGAAGCUGUAGAAGAAUUCAGGAAAUGUGGAAAGUGCAAAGGUGGGAAGAUUGGAAUUGUUCAAAGUCCAAUGUGGUUUGAACCUUAUGAUAAGAAAUCCAGCUCAAAUGCUCCAGAGGAGAUAGUGAAGAGAGCAAUGGACUUCACUCUAGGCUGGCAUAUGGAACCAAUAACACAUGGAGACUACCCUCAGACCAUGAAAGAUAUUGUUGGUGCUCGAUUACCAUCGUUUACGCCUGAGCAGAAGGAGAAACUGAAGGGUUCUUACGAUUUUGUUGGUAUCAAUUACUUCACUUCUGCGUUUGUUGCUCAUGUGGACAAUGUUGAUCCAGAGAAACAGAGUUGGGAAGCUGAUUCUCGCUUGCAGUUACAUUCAAGUAACUCAGAUGGGUUCAAGAUUGGUUCUCAGCCGGCAAGUGCAAAGUAUCCAGUUUGCGCAGACGGGCUAAGAAAAGUUUUGAAAUACAUCAAAGAGAAGUAUAAUGACCCAGAAAUCAUAGUCACUGGAAACGGGUAUAAGGAGACGCUUGAGGAGAAAGAUGUACUUCCUGAUGCACUCAGUGAUAGUAACAGGAAGUAUUAUCAUAUGAGACAUCUCAUGGCUUUACUCGGAGCAGUCUGCGAGGACAAGGUUAAUGUUAAAGGUUACUUUGUGUGGUCACUUGUGGAUGGACUAGAGUGGGAAGACGGAUACAAGACGAGGUCUGGACUGUACUAUGUAGACUAUGGACACAAUUUGGGACGGCAUGAGAAACAAUCUGCCAAGUGGCUCUCCAAACUCCUUGAGAAAGUCACGAUUGAGUCAAAGAUCGAGUCGGAAUCAAGGAAAGAGUUAUGAAUGAUAGGAGAAUAAGUAACCUUUAAGCCCAACGAUCUAUGUAGUUUAUAUAUAUAAAUAAUAAAGAAGGAACUUGUGUUUCGUAAUGAUCAAGUCACCCGUUUAGUAA